AUGGAAGAUGAAGAAUAUGAGGAUGGUGAUCAUGAUGCCAAUGAGAGCUUCGAGAGGGGCGUGCACAAUAGUGAUGAUGCUGGUGGUGCGAGCAACCCAACCUUGGAGGCCGAGACGGAUCACGAAUGGGGUAUUGCGAAUGCUCCAACCCAAAACGUUUUAAAAAGAUUGAUCAAGUCUCAUAAUGUUCAAUUUCUUGCAAUAAUGGAGCCGUUUACAGACCCCAACCCGGAGAAAUUCUCUAGGGCAUUGGGGCUAGUGUUUAAAGGCUCAAAUACUAAUGGAAAAAUUUGGAUUUUUGUUGAGGAGGGCGCCAACUUUGUUGUGGAAGAGGACUCGGAUCAAAUGCUCCACGGCCGUUUCCUUUCUCCUCGCCUUGAAAGACACAUUUCAGUCUCGGCUAUCUACGCAAAGUGCUCACGGACGGGAAGAUACCACCUUUGGGAUAAGUUGAGGGAGAUUGCGGUCAUCACCGACGGAACACCUUGGAUCGUCGUCGGGGACUUCAACACUAUUCUAUCCCCACAUGAGAGAGUUGGGAGCGACACCAACCGGCAAGCUGAGAUGAUUGACUUCGCCGAGACAAUUGAGGAUUGCAGGCUUCUUGACCCGGGGUUCGACGGAUCGGACUACACGUGGGCAAAGAACGGACUUAUGGAGAGGCUCGAUAGAAUUUUGGUGAACGAUGCUUGGCCACAGGUUUUCGAGGCAACGAGGGUUACUAACCUCCCACGCGUCUCAUCGGAUCAUGGGCCGGUCUUGGCAAGAUGUAGAUGUCCUAAUCGGCAGCCCGGAGGAAAGGCCUUCCGAUUCCAAAACAUGUGGAUCCGCCAUGAGGGCUUCUUGGAUACUGUACGCAAUACUUGGAACCAGCCUACGGAGGCCGAGGGAUUGCUUAAUCUUCAAAUCAAGCUUGCGCGAACAACAAAAAUGAUCAAACUUUGGAAUAAGGAAGUCUUUGGAAAUAUACAUGCCAAUCUAAAGGAAAUGGAAGAUAAGGUGGCUGAGGCCCAAUAG